UUCAGCACCGCGGCUCGUCAACAGCUCCAGUGCGCAGCGGAGAUUUGGCCAGCCCCUUCACCACCGGUGCGUCUCACCACAGAGCCGGUACUCCAGGGCGCAGCCUCCGCGCCAGUUUCAGCACCAGCGGCCGGACGGAGCACAGCGGAGCUGUCCACACAUUCAGCACUUAGCUUCUGGAGGAGGGAACCAGACACACACACACACACACACACACACACACACACACAGACAGCAAGACAGCCAGGAUAUAUCUAUCUUCCUGGGACAGCUUAUUUCAGAAUGGCGUCAAAAUACGUUGGCCUUUUCGUCCUUUUCCAGCUUCUAGCCCUGAAUGUAAUGAGCCAGAUAUCUGCCUUCCCCACACCGACAGCCUCAACGGAUGUUGCAGAUAAAACUGUGUACAAUAGACAGUUGACAGAAGAAAGGCCAAUACAAGAGCAGAUUGCUGAGGCGGACAGCGUGAAGGCUGCAGUACAGUCAGCUGGGGGCAAGCGUCCCACUGCCUCCAAGGACGCGGAGUCAGAGCAGGACCUUGAUGACUUCACCGUGCUGAAGUCACUGGCUGAUGGCCAGAAAUCAAAGGAGACCACUGAGCUGCCACUCAAGAAGGAGGGCCAGUACGUUCCGGAUGAAUCAGACUCGACCAAGAGCCGGCGUCUCACUGAGGACUACGACUCCACCAAGAGCGGGAUGGACUAUGGCAAGUACCAGGAUGAAACAGAAAGUUUCCGUCAGGUCGACGGCACUUCACUGACAGCAGAAGACAUUGUCCAGAAGAUCGCAAACAAGAUCUACGAGGAGGACGACAGAGGGGUGUUCGACAGGAUUGUCUCAAAACUGCUCAAACUGGGGCUGAUCACAGACAGUCAGGCAGACACUCUGGAGUACCAGGUGGCCGAGGCUCUCCAGGAUCUCAUCACCAAAAACGCCAAGAACAACGAGAUUGAGGACCUUGAGAGCAACGAACAAGAAACCAGGGGAGAGCAGGAAGACCAGGGCUCAGACACAAACAAGGACACGUGGGAGCCACCCAGGCGGCGCUACAACAAAGACGAGGACGACGAUGAAGAAAAUGAUGACGAGAUUGAGGAUGAAGUGGACAGGGAUGCAGAAGAAGAAGGGGGUGACACAGCCACCACAACCUGGGACAAAGAUGCUGAGGGCAACGAGGUGAGACCCGAAGACGGGCUCCAGGACCUGCAGUACUUCCCCAACUUCUACCGUCUGCUCAGCAGCCUCGACUCAGAUCAAGACACUCAGGAGAGAGAGACAUUGAUCACCAUCAUGAAGACGCUGAUUGACUUUGUGAAGAUGAUGGUGAAGUACGGCACCAUCACGCCCGAGGAAGGAGUGUCCUAUCUGGAGAACCUGGAUGCUAUGAUAGCCAUGCAGACCAAGAACAAGCUGGGCAAGGCUCUCGGGCCUCCUGACUUCACUGGACCCAACGGAAAAAACUUGGAUGAGGAUGACAACACGAAGGCUGAGGCCGCCAAGAUGCAGAAGGAGUAUGAGAACCUGAAAGACUCAACCAAGGAGGAGCAGCCAUCAACUGAGACCAAUCAGCCCGGCAAGUCAGAGACCUAUCUGGAGGCCAUCAGGAAGAACAUUGAGUGGUUGAAGAAACACAACAAAGAAGAAGGCAAAGGGGAUUAUGACCUGUCCAAGCUGAAGGACUUCAUGGACCAGCAGGUUGACUCCUACAUUGAGAAGGGCAUCAUCGCCAAGGAUGAAGGAGACACCAUCAAGAGGAUCUACAGCAGCCUGUAA